AUGGUGAAGGAGAUUCUAAAAGACCGUCACUACGCUGCUUCUCUUCCCAAAGAAGUGCGAAAAUCAGUGGAGGUGAUUUUCCGAAGAAGCUUCGUCGCUGCACCAGUAUUUGUAAUUGCGGCUCUGAUCCUCACCGUUUGUCUCGUGAGAGGGGAAACGGAAGAGAAAGAGACUUGUCUUGAUGAGCAAUGUCAUGAUUAG